CAAAGAUCUUCCUUCGACCGACGCUUACGACGAUGGGAAUGGCAACCACUCAUUCUCCUUCUGUGGGCGCCACCCUUGGCAAACCCACUACAUUGUAGCUAUUGAGUAAAAGCUAGCCAUUAGCAGCGUCAUCACCAUGGCGACAUCCACGAAUUCAGAGCCAUGCCCCAAGUGUCAAAGCUUUCUGGAACCAAGCAGCAAGGAGACUGAAAAUAAUGAAACUGCUGCAGUCUGUCCCAUUUGUUUGGGUCUCUUCAGUACGGCUUUGACUGCCAGGUUGGAACAAGAGAUUCGUCAAGCAUGUCAUCCCUAUGGGGGCACUACGGGCAACAAAUUCAGCCGCCAUAAAGAUCCCCCGGUCCUUUCUGUUCCGGGAGAUAUCGCAGUGCGCUAUCAUGUGGCCUCGCUACAACAUCCCAAGGCAACUCCGACGUACAAGUUUGUCAAGUACCUCAAACAAUUUGCACAAGAAACAAUCACCAAUAUCUUGCUCAAGGUUCAACAACAAGAACAAGAACAACAAGCACCAUCAUCAUCACCCAGUUAUCCAGACUGUGUCACAAAGGAAGAACAGGGUUAUCUGGCUCUACAGGUAAUCGUUGCUGCUUCUUCCAUUCUUCCUAGACCCCCAAACCAACCCAAGUCUCAGAAUAGGAACAAAAAGCGUCGAAAAUUCCAUCAUCAGCCCUAUGAAACGCAAGGGGGGCAUCCCAGAUCCAAUUUGGACGAAACACUGGGAAAAGAUGCGUCCAUUUUGCCCCUCUGGACAGUAACACAGGCUACAGAAUGGGCCGACAAGAAGAAAAAAAUGGAGGCUGAUGAUUGGUUCCUUGAAGGAACAAAGACACAACCACACAAAAGUGCCAUUCGAGCUCUUCCCGACACUACAAAUACGGAUGAUAGCAACCCACUACUACACGUCCAUGUGGCUCUGUGGAGAAGACCCUUCUUGGUCAAGGGAAACUACACCAAAACCAGGAGAGACGUUUCACAGUCGCCAUUCUUUAUUGAUGUGGAGGUGGACCAGAAUACCGAAGACAAUAGCAGCAACAACAACAAUAGGAAAAGGAAACAACGACAGCGACUGGGAGUAACUUCCAUUGAAGAACUCAUUCUACCCACUAUAGUCAAAACCAGUGGAGGCAUUUCCACGCUCAACAAUUCGUCCGACCAAAACACCAAUGUUCGUUUUGGAAUGGCCAAGUUUCAUGCUUCCGGACGAGAAGAUAUGGAUGUCAAAAUGAUAUUGCCGGUUCAUCAUGACAACAGCAAAAACAUUAGUGGAAGGCCGUUUUGUUGUGAAAUCAUUGAUGCCUUGAAAAUGCCCACCGUCGCUGAUCUGAAGCAGGUGGUGGAGAGCAUCAACCACAGUACUUGUCUGAGUGAAGCAACGGGCACCACUGAAACAACCUCUACUAGUACCGAGUCACUCCCACUCUUACCAACAUCCAGUCAGUACUAUGGCCGCAGUCCAUUGGGUGUAGGAGUUGAUUCACUCUCCUUUGCCCCCACGGACAAUUUCAAAAACCUUCAAAGCGAGACGGAAAGCAAGUCCAAAUACUAUGCCUGUCUGUGCUGGAGUCAGCAACCGUUGCCACCACUCGAUGUGCUCCAACAGCGUUUGGCAGAUGACACGUUGUUUAAAUUGCAAAUCCAGCAAAAGACACCCAUUCGGGUAUUGCAUCGACGGGCCAAUGCCGUUCGGACGCGGCACAUCUUGUCGUGUCAUGGCGUACACAGGCUCGAUGAUCACUACUUUCGUAUCCACAUUAGUACCGAUGCAGGAACCUACGUCAAGGAGUUUUGUCAUGGAGAUUUGGGACGAACCCAGCCGAAUGUGUCGUCAUUGCUGGGAGGAGGAAGCAAAAUUGAUAUUCUGGAAUUGGAUUGCGAAGGGAUACAGAUUGAUUGAAAGAAACUACUGUGGUAGUAGUGACAGCAAGCUGCGUGGAGGCUGCGUCUCACGGUUCAACGCAGACGUUUGAGUGUCAAAUUUUUCCUUGCCGACUUCAGCCAUCUUCCGUCCCACCUCUCGGUGCCACUUUUUUGCUCCUCGUGCUCAGCCUCAUCCAUUAGUUGGCCUCGGGACACGAAACGACCUUAUUUUGCCGUCGUCUCAAUUCCCUCUACGCCCUAGUAACCAAUACGUUUUACUUCAGGAGCAUGUUGUCUUGCUGCCGAAGCCAGCACUGCAGUCUCAAACCCCCUUCUUGUUGAUUCAAUCAAUCCAACAAAGCAAGUACUAGCUAGUUGUUACAGUAAUAUAGAACUUUU